AUGGAAUUUCGACAAAUUGUGCUCAUGAUUGUGUUCGAAGGAAGGGUGCAUAUGGGUGUGGUCGAUCCAUCCACCUGCCCUUCCUACUCUCAAUAUCUCAUAUGCGCGCUCAAUGUUGAGCGAGAACACCUGAGCUGUCCUGCGCAAUCGCCGUCCUGCUUGCGACAAUCAACCGACAUCUUCAGAUUCACAUCACACGCUCGAAUUGGCUGCGGCUCCGGCAACGCCCAAUCAGUCACAUCGCCACACCGGCUAUUCGCUCCAGACUCGCCCAUCACGGCGUUGUCAAGUUAUAACACUCUCGACACUUCUGACGACAAGAUCUAUACCGCUCCGCCGCCUCACUCUCCAAUUUCUGAGGGCUCAUCCGCCGGUUCUCCUUCCCAACGACCACCGCCCUUUUCCUCCCUUUAUUUCCCUACCGACGCCGAGCUCGAUCGUAUCAGAGCAACUGUCACUGAGACUGCUUGCGACUCGCUCUUAGCCAGUGCCCCGGCGCCCUCCUUUGAGGAGGCUCUCGCCGAAGACGAGGUCGAGUGCAAGGUCGAGGCCGAGACAAAAGCCGCACUACCUCCGGACACCAAGGCACAGUCUUCCAGAGCCGUUGAAGAAGGAGAGCCCCCGCCGCCUUACACCGAGGGUUCAAGUCCAUUAGAUUCCUUUGCCUACAUCAUGGCGGUAGCAGGUGGUGCCGCGAGCAUCAUAACACAAGUUCAACAAACCCCAGGACCGCCGAUCAAUACGUUAGGAGAAGCCGCUGCAGAUGAACACAUCACAUUGGAUCUGAGGGGCACCCGCUUCACGCUUUCCAGGGAGGAAUUGUUGACGUUGCCCGAAUUCGUCCUCCUCUCCCUCUUUCCCAAUGGCCUAUUACCAGACGGCCACAUGAACUCGUUUCAUGAUGGCGAUGUCUAUCCCGUCGACUAUGACCCAGCGUCCUUGCAGUAUAUGUUAAAUUUCUUCCGUGACGUUGCGCAAUCGAUACCUUCAAGAUCGCCUUCACCAACCACUCCAUCCGAAAAUGACCCCAUCUCGAUCGAACCACUCCAAGGUUCCACCAAAGACAUGCUCCAAGAUAGAGCGGGGAUUAUCGUUCUGAGAGAAGACCUCGACUUCUAUGUCAUUCCUCCUCGACCCGACAUUGAAGCGCUGGAAAUGACCGAAGUCAAGAGAGCCGCGGGAAGGUCACUGGUCAAGCAAAAUGGCAUCUUCUCGGGACUAAAACGAAGCGAAGAAGCCGGGACCACCGAGCAGCAUCUAAUAGAGAUGUUGACUGCUGGUGGUUUCAACCAUGAUGACAGCUGGGGCCACCGAGCAGGAGAACCUAACAAAGCAGUUAUCUGCAGUCUAGCCCUUGCCCGACUACGGACAGAUGUCAAGGGCGAUAUUGCAGGAAGCAAUGCGGUCGGCAUGGCUCAGAAGCUAUUGCUGUUUUGGAGAAAACCUGCAAGAAGAUGCUGGUGGGAAGGAGUAGAACUGGACGAUGUUGCUGGCGUCGAGGGCAAAGUAAAGGUCUGGAUUCGAAGAGUAUGGACUCUUGAAAUGAGUGUCAUCGGCCUGCGGUGA